GUUUCUCAGCCUCUUCCCCCUGUCCUUUUCCUCAUCUUCCUCUGGAGCGUUGUUUGCUUUGUUUUGGCUGCAUCCUGCGUGGGGAAUGAGUGCUGCACGGUGGGGUCCUCCUCCUCCUCAGAUUGGUCCUGCCUCACUUUCAGUGGGGUUUGGCCUGUGCCAGCAGAGCUUGGACAGGACCUGGUGCAUGGGAUGUUGCUAUGGCCUCAGCUCCAGCACUGGGGUGCAGCCCUGGCUGCAGUGCCUGCACACAGGGGCAUGCUGGAUGCCGUGGAGCUUCCAUGGGGAUGGGCAGGACUCUUUUCUCUUCUCCUCUUUUCCCUUUCAGACACAGAACCUAUAAGUGUCACAUCUUUGUUCCCACUAGAGCCUGCUGGUUCCCUGCAGGUAGCGGUCAUGUGGCUGCAGCCUGGGCUGUACCCCACUCCCAUUCAGCACGGGAGGGAUGUGGGGAGCUGAGGCCUCUCUGGGGCUCUCCAUUGCCAACUCCAGGGAGCUGAGGUCUGCCCACGUUUUGGGGUGCUGGGAGUGGAGGUGGGCUGGGGCCGGAAAGGACACUCAGCCCUCCGGGAAGGGAAGAGGGCAGAGGUAAAAAUAACCCCUGGGCUGGCUCUGGUCCCUGCGGCUUCCUGCAAUUUACAGCCCUUCCCGGGGAAGGGGAGGCAGGAACCUGCCUGGAUCCGAGCUCACUUUGACCCUUUCACCGCUGACAGAAGGUGCUGGAAGGACCUCGCUUUGCCCCGUUCCUGUGGGCUUAGGCAGGACCCUGAGGAAGGGGAUCACAGUGCCAGGUAAUCGUUGCCCUGUUCCCGAUGCACCUGGUGUGUGUGGGGUCAAACACAGCGGGCUCCUCUGGGGGGAGGCAGACAAUGCUGCUAUGGCCUCAAGGGUCAGAGGGAUGGAGGGGAACCUGUCCCAGAGCCAGGAUCCUAGCUGCGAUCCCAUAAGAAGAGCUGGGAGAUGGAGCCCGUGGCUGAGGGGAAGCCCGGGGUGUAAAGGUUGCAGGGACUGAGGGCUCGGUGCUGGCAGGGUGCUGGCACAGAGCAGGAUGUGCUGAUGGGGCUGGGCUGGCAGGGGUUAAUGGGGUGGCUCUUCCUCCCUCUCUAUAUGAGGCUCCUGCGGCUCUGGGCUCAGUUUGCUGCUGGCUGCUGGAGGAAACAGGAGCAGAGGAGACCAACCAGCACCCUGCACAGGCCCAGGACAGCGGCUGAGCGCAGAAGCUGAGCGCGGCUUUGGGGUCCCCAUCCCGCACGGGGUUGGCUGGCAGGCGAUGGUCCCACUCGGCAGCACCCCCCGAGCCGUCUGCGCUUCUGGCCGCGGCGUCUCCCCUCUGCGUUUGCUGAACCGGGGUCCCGAGUACCUGCGGGAGCAGCUGGGGGGAGGCGGCGGUGGCCGCACACCCAGCGCCGUGGAGCGGCUGGAAGCAGACAAAGUGAAAUACGUCAAAUCGCAGCAGGUCAUCAACAGCCGACAGGAGCCGGCAUUGAGAGGCUGCUCGCCCUGCUGUUCGCCCCGCGGCCGGCGAUUUCUCGCGCUGCAGCAGCGCCACGAGUUCUGCCACGGCUCGGAUCUGAGCUGUGAAGGCAGCCGCAAGGUGCUGCCCUGUCCUUCGUCCCCUGUGCCGCGGAGGGGAGGUGGCAGCAGGCGUCUGCUGAGACCCGACUCGCUCGUCAUUUACCGGCAGAAGCGGGACUGCCCAGCGAUCAACAAGGAGAACACCAAGGGCUACGGGCUGGUGCGACGCCUCUUCCAGGGGCCGCUCAGGGACAAACCCCCCAGCUCUCCCCCGGCCCAAGGGUCGGAUAAAGCCCCCGAGAGCCCCAUGCUGUGGGCGUCCAUGGAACAAGCAGAAGAUGUGCAGACGCCGGGUGCCGGCAGCAGCAGCAGCAGCAUCGUCCCGGUGCCUGGCAGCCCCGUGCCGCUGCCCCCCCAAGCCUCCAGCCUGGCCCAGCCCCCCUCCUCCCCUGGCCCCAGCAAACCGGCACUCGGGCUGCGCCCGUCCCUGCCGCUUUCGGAGAAGGAGCGGUUCUUCAAUUACUGUGGGCUGGAUCGGGCCAUGGUGGAAGGGCUGGGAAAGGAACGGUUUGUGCCAGCGGGAUGGGAUGCUGCCUCAGCACGGCUCCACAGCUCCUGUGAGUGGGAGCCCAGCCAGGCGUCAGGAUGCAGCGGGGAGGACGUGGGGCCAGGUGAGGAGGAGCCGGACGCACGGCUCUGCUCCGCCAUUUCGGUGGUGGAGCGCAAUGCCCGUGUCAUCAAAUGGCUCUAUGGCUGCCAGCGAGCUUGGGCGGCCGCCAAGGAAUCCACAGUCUGAAAGGAAGCACCCCAGCCAGCCGUGUGUGGGUCUAGGUGGAUGAUGCAGCCCCCUGCUCUUGCUGGAUGUGGUUUGGGGAGUGGCAGCACCCCGACACUAUGGUGCUGCUUGCAGGCCAGCAGGGACACCAAGUCUACCCUGAGCAGAGACAAGGUCUGCCCACAGAAGGGACAACUGCUUCACCCCUUGGAUAUGCUGCCCACCAAUAGCUGCUUUUUGAGGUGUGGGUGGGGUGCCCAGGGACUUUCUUUGGGCGAGUCCGGCCUCAGCCGUGGUGGCUGGAAGGCUGCUGUUCCUUGCUGGUCCCUACCUCUUGGUCUUCCCUAUUUCUGGUUGUGGUUUAGAAUGGCAGCUUUCUCCCCAUCAGCCUCAGUGGGAAAGGGGCUGCGAGGAUGGGAGCAGGACUCUAAUAAACAAACCUGUGGUUUUCUUCUA